GCUCUUGUCUUUCGUAGAUCAAAAUGUUCUUCACUCAGAUUGUGUGUAGCAAAAUGGCCGCCCGACCAAAGUGAGUGUGACGUUUCGUGAGGUGAUUGCAUCGUUGUUUUAAGUGGUUUUUACGAAUAUUCGUUCAUGUGACAUAGUGUUAUUGUGUUUCCUGUGAUUAUCCGCAGGUCUGUGAAGAAAAUUCGAAUAUUCGAUAAGAGGAGAAAAUAUCCGAAGGAUGGACAAUCAAUCUGAAAUAUAGGAAAUAUACAUGUAUCUAUUCAUAGAGCUUGAAAACAUUGAGAUCUCAAAUGAAAUACGUAGUGGAUUUUUUGCGGCGUAAAAUGUUUCUCUACAAACCAGAUACAAUCGUAAACGCAUUAUAAUGGUCGUAAAUCACUUUAAAUAACCUUGAAAGAUCUCGAGAAACCAACAUAUUGAUUCGCAUAAGCCACUGCGGGAGUUGCGAUGCCAACGUAUCACAAUGCGGGUGGUGGAUACCCGAAUGUGUCAGCGCCAGCGCGGCAAGCGAAGCUCGAUGGCAAUCAAAAUCACCAUACGAUCCCCUCAAACGUAACGUCCCAUCCCCUUAUACAAAAUAGCACGCAACACAACGUUCCUUCCAACUUAUCUGCAAGUAACAUUCCGUCCCAUCCAGUAUCACCGACGAUGACUACGCAUUCGAACGUCACCACUCCUAAUAUAACCAGUCACAUGAAUACCGGAUCAACGCCGGUAAUCCUCACUUCGAAUGUCACGAAUCCUAGCAAUCCUGCUGCGUUAUCGGUGAAUCCGAGGCACGAGGUCAAACUGAACGCUAUGCCAUGGUUCCACGGGAAGAUAUCAAGGGAAACUGCCGAACGAUUGUUGCGGCCGCGCGAGGACGGCCUGUUCCUAGUCCGGGAGUCGACGAAUUUCCCCGGCGACUAUACGCUGUGCGUGUGUUAUCAGGGUCGUGUACAACAUUACAGAGUGAAAUAUAAGAACAAUCAAUUGACUAUCGACGACGAGGAGUUUUUCGAAAAUUUGGCCUUGCUGGUCGAGCAUUAUGAACAGGAUGCGGAUGGAUUGUGUACGCAAUUGACAAAAUCCUUACCGAAAGAAGGCAAACAGGAUUUCUGUGUGGAUUUAAAAGCUUUCGUAAAGGCUGGUUGGGUAAUACAGACCCACGAGUUAGAAUUGAGGGAAUGUAUCGGGAAAGGAGAGUUCGGUGACGUGUUAUUGGGCGUUUAUCGAGGCGAAAGGGUCGCCGUGAAAAUGCUAAAAGACAACAGUGAGGCGGCACAGAGGUUUCUGGCUGAAGCAAGUUUGAUGACUUCGUUGAUCCACGAUAAUCUAGUCAAACUGCUCGGCCUUGUUUUCAAUAAUCAACACAUGUACCUGGUUACGGAAUAUAUGAGCAAAGGAUCCCUGGUGGAUUACUUGAGAUCAAGAGGAAGAUUGCAUGUUUCUAAGAAAGAUCAGAUCAACUUCGCGUACGACACGUGCGCAGGUAUGGCAUAUUUAGAAUCUAGACACGUAGUACAUAGAGAUCUGGCCGCGAGAAACGUUCUCGUCGCGGAGGAUAAUUCGGCAAAAGUGUCAGAUUUUGGUUUAGCACGGGAUGAAAAUUUUUCUCUCGAAGGAGGAAAACUUCCCAUCAAAUGGACUGCACCAGAGGCUUUAAAGCAAAAUAAGUUUUCAAAUAAGUCUGAUAUGUGGAGUUUUGGAAUACUUUUAUGGGAAAUUUAUUCCUUUGGACGUGUACCAUAUCCACGAAUUCCAUUAGCGGAUGUUGUAAAAUGUGUAGAAAAGGGAUAUAAAAUGGAGCCACCAGAUGGUUGUCCGCAUGAAGUUUAUGAUAUUAUGAGACAAGCAUGGGACUUACAACCUGAAAAACGACCUACUUUUUACGAUAUAAAACUUGUAUUGGGUCAACUAAAAGCUGAAUACACCAAAGGUGUAAAUUAAAAAAAAAAAAAAAAAAAAAAAAAAAAAAAAA